UAUACAAUUAUCAUUUUCUCAUAUACAAAAAAAAUCAGUAUCACAAUCUCAAAAAUCCUAUCCCCUAACCUAAUCCCUCCACCACCUACAAAAGCCCUGCAUCAUCUCAUUCUUCUUCACCCUUGAUCUCCCCCUCUGCUCUGCAAGAAACACCCAUAACCACAUUACCAGAAUGAGAGAAAUCCUCCAUAUCCAAGCUGGUCAAUGUGGGAAUCAAAUCGGAGGCAAGUUUUGGGAGGUUGUGUGUGAUGAACAUGGCAUUGAUGCAGCUGGAAACUAUGUUGGUAACUCUCAGGUUCAGCUUGAGAGGGUUAAUGUUUACUACAAUGAAGCCAGUGGUGGGCGCUAUGUCCCUAGAGCUGUGCUCAUGGACCUUGAGCCAGGGACCAUGGACAGCUUGAGAACUGGUCCUUAUGGGAAUAUCUUUAGGCCUGACAAUUUUGUUUUUGGCCAAAAUGGAGCUGGAAAUAACUGGGCUAAAGGUCAUUACACUGAAGGAGCGGAACUUAUUGAUUCUGUUCUUGAUGUUGUUCGUAAAGAAGCUGAGAAUUGUGAUUGCUUGCAAGGCUUCCAAAUAUGCCAUUCCUUGGGAGGUGGUACUGGUUCAGGCAUGGGAACUCUACUCAUAUCAAAGAUCAGAGAAGAGUAUCCAGACAGAAUGAUGUUAACUUUCUCUGUGUUUCCUUCUCCUAAGGUUUCUGAUACUGUUGUUGAGCCCUACAAUGCCACCCUCUCUGUCCACCAGCUUGUUGAAAAUGCGGAUGAAUGCAUGGUUCUUGACAAUGAAGCCCUCUAUGACAUCUGCUUUCGAACUCUCAAGCUCACUAAUCCAAGCUUCGGUGAUCUUAACCAUCUGAUCUCUACAACAAUGAGUGGAGUAACAUGUUGUCUCCGUUUCCCGGGGCAACUAAACUCCGAUCUCCGAAAACUAGCCGUAAACUUAAUUCCCUUCCCACGUCUCCACUUCUUCAUGGUGGGUUUUGCGCCCUUGACCUCCCGGGGAUCCCAGCAGUACCGAGCACUGACAAUCCCUGAACUCACACAGCAAAUGUGGGACGCUAAGAACAUGAUGUGCGCAGCAGAUCCAAGACACGGCAGAUACUUGACAGCCUCAGCUAUGUUCAGAGGCAAAAUGAGCACAAAGGAAGUUGAUGAGCAAAUGAUAAAUGUACAAAACAAGAACUCAUCCUACUUUGUUGAAUGGAUUCCAAACAAUGUGAAGUCAAGUGUGUGUGAUAUUCCACCAACUGGGUUGUCAAUGUCGUCGACGUUUAUGGGGAAUUCGACAUCAAUACAAGAAAUGUUUAGGCGAGUAUCGGAACAAUUCACUGUAAUGUUUAGGAGAAAGGCAUUCUUGCAUUGGUAUACAGGAGAAGGAAUGGAUGAAAUGGAGUUUACUGAGGCAGAAAGUAACAUGAAUGAUUUGGUAUCAGAAUAUCAACAAUAUCAAGAUGCUGUUGCAGAGAAUGAGGAGGUGGAUGAGGACGAGGAUGAGGAUGAAGAGGCUAUGUAAGGAUUGUUGGGGCCAAUUUAAAUGUUAAUGGGUUUUGGUUUGGCAAACAUAUUAUGGGUUUUUUUUUUCUACAUGUAUUUGUGGGUUGAUUAUGAUAUUGGUCAAUAAGGAAGUUGUUAAUUUUGUGAAUUUUUGUGAGAUUUAUGAGUAUUUAUGUGUAACAGUGAGUGAAUUUGUGUGUAUAUACCAAUAAAAUUAUCUUUUUUAAUGCAA